GCCAAGCAUUCAUGUUCUGCGUCCAGCCCCGGUGAAAUCAGUCCUUACUCGCAGGAGAGAGGCCAUGGCGGCAAUGUUUCUGCCUGGCAAUCUCCAGGAUGAAGCCACUUGCUCUGUUUGCCUGGAGUUCUUCAAAGACCCCGUAUCCAUCGAGUGCGGGCACAACUUCUGCCGGGCGUGCAUCGUCAAGAGUUGGAAGGACCUAGAGAUGGACUUCCCCUGCCCGCAGUGCCGAGAGGUCUUCCAGCAGAAGAGCUUCAGACCCAACCGGCAGCUGGCGAACAUGUCCGAGAUCAUCAGCCAGUUCACCCUCCGCGGGGCCAAGGGUGCGGAGGAGGACGGGCUCUGCGUGAAGCACAGGGAAGCCCUGAAACUCUACUGCAAGGAUGACCGGAGAACCAUCUGCGUGGUGUGCGACAGGUCGCGGGAGCAUCGGCCACACGCUGUGGUGCCCGUCGAUGAGGCGUCUGAGGAGUACAAGGAGAAAAUCCAGGGACGCUUGGAUUUCCUGAAAAAGGAGAGGCAAGAGCUACUGGAGUUUAAAGUGAACGAUGAUAAGAAAACCCAGGAGCUCUUGAAAACCAUUGAGAACGAGCGGCAGAAGCUGCUCUUGGAGUUUGAGAGGCUGCGGCAGUUCCUGCACGACCAGGAGCACAUCCUCUUGGGGCAGCUGGAGAAGAUGGAGAAGAACAUUGCCAAGAGGCAGAACGAGAACAUCACCGACCUCUCCAAGGAGAUCACGCUCCUCAACAAGCUCAUCACGGAGCUGGAGGAGAAGAUCCAGCAGCCCAUGCUUGAGUUCCUCAAGGAUGUAAUGAACAUCAUAAGCAGAAGUGAUGAUGUGAAGUGCCAUAAGCCUGUGCCGGUAUGCACGGAUAUGAAAAUGCACAUCUGCAAUUUCUCCCUUAAGACCGUUGUCCUUGAGAAAGUCUUGAAGAAAUUCAGAGAAAACCUGCAAGAUGAACUGGGAAGAGGUGAAAAAGAGGACCUGACCCUGGACCCCGAUUCGGCAAACCACCUCCUCAUCCUCUCUGCAGACCUCAAGAGCGUGAGGAUGGGCUGUAGGAAACAGGAGCUGCCCGACAACCCCAAGAGAUUCGACACAAACUCGCGGGUGUUGGCUACCACGGGCUUCAAGUCAGGGAGACAUUACUGGGAAGUGGAGGUGGGAGCCUCGGACGGUUGGGCCUUCGGGGUGGCCAAGGAGUCCGUCAGGAGGAAAGGUCUGACGCAGUUUUCCCCCGAAGAAGGGAUCUGGGCGGUGCAGCAAAACGGAGGUCGCUACUGGGCGGUCACCUCGCCCCAACGCACCCCGCUGUGUCUCAGCCAGAAACUCAAUAAGGUCAGGGUGUACCUGGAUUACGAAGGGGAAGAAGUCUCCUUCUACAACGCCGACAACAUGCAGCACAUCUUCACCUUCAACGUCGCCUUCCAGGAGAAAGUGUUCCCUCUCUUUUCGGUCUGUUCCACCGUUACCUACAUCAAACUGUGCCCCUGAGACUUCGCGUGGGCUUCGCUGAGGACCUGUCUCCAUGGUCUUCACUGGGUGGUGCCUGGACAGCGGCGAUGAGCACAGGAGACUCUCAAAUCAGCCACGCGGCCUGGUUUGUUGGUACAGGCAGGUGGCUGAUAGAUGGGUAACCAGGUAGCCAGGGGAAAACAUCACAAGGAGGGUCUUCAGACCAGCUUAGAACAGAGAACAGCUCUUGAAAUCAUCCGCAAACCCCAGGAAGGUUGUGGUCAUCAUCUUAAACCCGUGUCGGAACCAGCUCGCCUCUCCAGCGAGAAGGAAACCGCUGGUCGUUGUUUGUGGCUCCAAGUCUGAUAAAGGAUGGGUAUUUUUUUUCUUUUCUUGUGUGGGUCUAAGGAUCUAUAUUAGAGCUAGUGGGAAGUUUUGGAGUGGACCUUCCACCUCUUCGGAAGUGCCAAUGACUUAAAAAUGAAAUGUUUAGUGGGUAAAUGUCCGGUGGGAAAGGUGAAGGGAGUGACACCGAGCAGAGCACUUUGGACAUCCAUCCAAAGCCAGAAGAGGCAAAGCUACUUUCUAUUUGAUUGAGUCAAAUUAAAUUAGAAAGUUUUGCUCCUCCUGAAGCGCAUUUAAUGGGGAGUUUCCACCGGUUUAUUACGCUGUUGCUCCCAACAAACCGUAGUCACCACCUCUGUGCCAAGUGAUGGUCACCUGGUGGUCACCGCUGUGUCACCACCACUGUGGAAAUCCUGCCUUGGCCACAGGUGCCUUCGCUCCUACAAGAUUUACGAGGCGGUAAAUAGGCUUAUUAACUGCUCCUGGGGAGUGAAUGGCUUUCCAAGCAUCAGGAUGCUCAGUGAGGGGGCUCACACCCUCCUGCUGGGCUGCGUGAGUGGUUACAAGGGUCUCAGCUGGAGGUUCUGGCUUUUUCCCUCUUGCUCCUGCUGGGAAUAAAGGUCCCCAAUGAAGGGUAGGUGCCUGGUUACUUAUUCCAGCUGGUGCUUCUAAAAUCUGGGCUAAUAAUUGUGCUCCAAAGGCUAUUUUUGUGAUGUUGAGCUGGUGGUCUGAGCUGUCUCAGGUGAUCUGAACCACACGGCCACCAAGAUCUGACCUGCCUUGGAGUCAAGCUGGGGUUGAAGAGAUGCCGUGGGUUUUUGGUCACCCUUUGCAUCAGCUCGUGUAAGUGCUCUGUGCUUCGGUUCUCUGUCCACGGCUCCUCUGGGCAGGAGGGAGGUAUUGCUGCUACUCUGGAAAAGGCUAAAAGGUGCUUUUUUUAAAAUUUAUUUUUAGUGUGUGUGUGUGUGUAGCAACAAAUGUUAAUGUUGCUCAGGUGCGUUUGUCCUAUUGGAUGUGAGCAAGACCCAUGGUUCUGAAUUUUGGUGCUCCUAAAUGGCGCUGGGCUGAACCACGACACCUAUGUGACUCCUCCUGAGGUCCCCCCCGUGUAGGAGAUGUUGUUUUCAAAAUAACCCCUCAAAGUUGUCCCGCUUUGCCCGUAGCAAUGCAGACUUCGGGUGCUGAGUGUUAUAUUUCCUCAGGCUCUCUUUGCCGCUCAUUUCUCAGCAAAAUCACCUGGUUACCUUUGUCUUCUCUUGUCUUUUUUUUUUUUCUGGAAAUCCUCAUUCUUUGCCAAGACAGCAAAUGUUUAACACGUGGCUUGCUUUGUUCACCGUUACUUUGUUCACCAUUGCUUUGUUCACCGUUGCUUUGUUCACCGUUGCUUUGUUCACCGUUGCUUUGUUCACCGUUGCUUUGUUCACCGUUGCUUUUGCCAAAACAAAGCAGCCUUUGAAAAAUAAUAAGUGUAUUGCUGCCUGAAGUGGUGAAAAAAAAUACGGUUUCUGGUUUUAGGCAUUGUCGGUUGGCUUUUUAGCCUUUUCUAGAAGACAUGUUAAACCACUUUAGGAGAUAUGGGGGAGGGGAAAAGCUUUUUAAAUUUUUUUUUUAAUCAAGAACAACAUUUCCUGGCCACUUCUAAGAUGAGAAAGACACUUCCAUGCAUAGCUGAUCUUCAUAUGUGCUCCAGCCUACCAGCAAAACCCCAGUCAACGCCAACGCCAAGAAAUUAUGGGUUGGAAAAGUGCGUUUCCUCCGUUUUAGGGUUUUGAAACACCUCCUCUGCAGGCAAUCCAUGUCACGGCAGCAGAAUAAAAUGACACCGCCGUAGUCCUCGCCUAAAGCACGCAGAUCCUGCCGUGCGUAGGCGGGUGGUCGCCCCGAACGCCUUCGGCUGCUUCCACCAGCUUGUGCCCUUGGUUGUGAAGACACGCGGCCUAUCAGAGGCCACCUUAGACUUGUGCAAGGGGUGACGUCAGAACCCAAACGGGCCAGAGGUGGAAUGAAUCCAUUAAAAAACGCCCGUAUGUGGCUAACUCGGUGAAGAGGUGCUUUUUCCCCAGGUUUACAGGUGUCUCUCCCCAUGCACUGUUGAAGGCUUUCUCUGUGCAGAGCCUUCAGCUCCCUCCCACAUAACGGAGGUUUGGGUAGGAGCUCCUGGAGGUGAAGCACAAUCCAUCCCUUAUGAGAUGUAUUAAGGCAGGAUCAGCUGAAUUUAAGAUAUCAUUAGUCAUAAAAAGAGCUGGGGGUGACUGGCUUAGGCACAAACAUCUCUAUUUUCAGCUGGUGGGUUGUUUCUGACCCUUAGAGUCUACUUUUUUUUGUUUUUUGUUUUUUUUUUUUAAUGAGUUUGGCUUUAAAUCUACAUUAUUUAAAGCUGCAGCAACUCUUACAAAGGUCAAGCCAUGAGCAGGUGAGCAAAAUGCCUGAAUUUUCUAAGCUCCAUCCAUUGGUGACGUUUUGCCACUGUAAAAAUUGCAUAAAUAAGCAAAACUCCCAAGAAUAGGAAAGCCAUUAGCGGGAGACGCGGUAUCUCUUAUGUCAUGACUUGGUGUUUGUCUUGUUUGCACGUGAGAAACGCUAUUCCUGCAAAUGACGGGAUGCGAAAAACCAAACAUCACCCGAGUGGAUUUGAAACCUCCCAGGUUGUUCCUUGCCCACGUGCUGGAAAUAAAAUGUGGAGGUGCUACCUGCA